AGUAAAAUAAAAUUUGCAUUUAUGGUUUCAGAUGAUAUAAAGAUGCCGGUAGCAGAUACAUCGGAUACUUUUAUCCUGGAGAAUGGAGGGAGCAGUAUUAAAGCUGGGUUUUCCAGCCAAUCCACUCCAAGGAUUAUUCCGAACUGUAUCAUGAAGGCUAAAUCAGAGAAACGACGAGCAUUUAUAGGAGAUCAAAUAGAUGAUUGUAGAGAUCUUUCAUCACUGUUUUUUAUGCUUCCUUUUCAGAAAGGUUAUCUUGUGAACUGGGACCAUGAGAAAGCAGUCUGGGAUUAUAUGUUUGGAAAACAAUCCUUCAACUUAGAUCCAGAGAAACUUAAACUUGUGUUUACCGAACCUUACUUUAACUUUACAUCCAUACAGGAGGGAUUAAGUGAAAUAUUCUUUGAAGAAUAUGGAUUCAAAUCCUUGUUCAGAACUCAUGCAGGGGACCUGUCUUGCUAUCAAAACAAACUAGAUAAUCCUGAUGAGAAAUGUUGUCUGGUUAUUGAGUCUGGAUACAGUUUUACUCAUAUUGUACCAUAUGUUUUAGGUAAACGAGUACGUGAAGCUGUUAAGCGAGUAGAUGUUGGAGGGAAACUUCUUACAAAUCAUUUAAAGGAAAUUAUUUCCUACCGCCAGCUUCAUGUUCUUGAUGAAACCUUUGUUAUGAACGCAUGUAAAGAAGAUUGCUGUUUUGUGAGUAGAGAUGUAGAGAAGGAUUUUGAAAUUGCCAAAUCCCGUGGUUCCUUAAAUACAAUCGUCAGAGAUUACGUUCUCCCAGAUUUUACGACAAUAAGACGAGGAUAUAUGAAACCUAACUCCGAAUCAACCGGAAAACCAGUGGAUGGGGAACAAAUUAUCAGGAUGAACAAUGAGCGGUUUAUGGUUCCUGAGAUACUCUUCCAUCCUUGUGAUAUUGGAAUACAACAGUUGGGUAUACCAGAGGCAGUUGUACAUGCCAUAGCAGCUUGUGAGGAGAGUGCACACCCCUGGUUGUACAGGAAUAUAGUUUUGACUGGGGGUAACUCUCUGUUUUCUGGAUACAAGGACAGAUUGGAGACAGAGAUACGAGCUCUUGCUCCAGAUUUAAUGAAGGUUGUGGUCCGUAUGGAUGAUGACCCUAUUGGAUACGCCUGGAAGGGUGGAGCUAGUUUAGCCAAGGACCCGGAUUUCUCCGAUCUAUGUGUUACUAAAGCAGAAUAUAUGGAGAAGGGGUUCAGUGCUUGUCAGCAGAAGUUCUACCUUUAAACUAAUUAAAGGGACUGCAAGCGUAAUUUCAGUCCCUUUAACUUUUUCUGUUUUGAACAGAAACUCAACUAUUUCUGUUUUGAACAGUAACUCAACUAUUUCUGUUUUGAACAGAAACUCAAAUAUUUCUGUUUUGAACAGUAACUCAACUAUUUCUGUUUUGAACAGGAACUCAACAAUUUUUGACUUGAACAGCAACUUCCUUUGUAAAGAAAUACAACCAAUAUUCAAUAUUUUGUAAAAAUGUUCUUUAUUUGUAUAUUCGUGAAUUGCUAUUGUUCCAAAUACCUGCUUAUUCUUAAACCCUAUUCCAGA